UCUUCUUCUUCGUUCUCUCAGACACCACUAAUCGAACAAAUCCAGUCCUCCAUUUACACAGGAGCCAUGAGCAGGUCCCGAUUGGAUACAAUCCUCUCCACAUUCGUCGUGGUGCACCCUCACGAGAUCUCAGCUCUCCUCCACUCCUCAUCCUGCUUCUUCUUCAUUUUGUGCGCUUACUUUGUAGUGCUCCCGCUGCGCGAUGAGGGUGCAAUUUCCUUAGGCCUGUCGAACCUGCCGAGCCUGUUUGUGGGGUCAUUGGUCCUCACAUCGAUUGCCGCACCAGUUGCAACUCUCAUCUUCUCUUUGCCCAACGUUUCGAAAGGCAAGGCUUUGGUUUUGAUGCUCAGGUUUUUUAGUGUAUCACUUGUUGCAUUCAUCUUCUUUCUAUGGCGUGCUUCGUCAGCUGGAUCACAAGCUGAGGUGAAGGGCUUGGUCAGUAUAGACACCGCGUCAGUAAAUGACGAAAAGGUUGUUGUUAAUCAAGCUGGUACAGCAUAUUCUGUAGCAUGGGAGAACCUUGGCCGGUUGUAUGUCUCGGUCAGAAUUGCAUUGUUCCUCUGGAUUGCCCUACUUAAUCUAAUUACAAUUUCCUCGACUUGGGCUAGAAUAAUCGAUGUCAUGGACUUUGAGUCAGGUUCAAGAUUAUUUGGUUUUAUUGGUGCCGGUGCCACACUAGGCCAGCUUUUUGGGUCAUUGUUUGCGACGGGAAUGGCUAGGUUGGGGCCAUUUCUACUGCUAUUUUCUGCUUUAUUAAUGGAGUUCGCUGCCCAGUCAUCAUCAAAAGGGAUAACCCUGGAUUUAUCUCAUUUCCCUGAGGAAUUAUCUCCCAUCAGGUUAAAUCAUAUUAUCAAUUUCAUUUGGCACUGGAAUCUGCAAUAUUGUUGCAUGAAAAAACUAAAUAUUUUUAUAAAGCAACAGACUAGAGUCAAGACACCGAACUCUCUGUUACAAUUUGUAAGCGACUAG